UGUCACUGAGUUUGGCGCCAUCCUAUCAGUUAGCAUGUUACAGUGUGUUGUUCAAUAAGAGAAAAUUUACAAGUUUUGUGUAUUUUAAUAAAAAUUGUUUUGUUAUAUUAUUUUAAAAACUAUGACCACAGUUCGUCGUUCAACUCGUCUGAAUAGUGUUGACAAAUCAACGCGUGCUCAUCCUGUUGACACUUCUGAAAAGCCUUCAUUACGUCCAGAACUUUGGCGUCUACGCCAAACAAAGCAUUUUGUUGCAAGCGGCGACGAGGAGGAAGAAGAUACAUGUAGAAAAUCACCUACGUUUGCAGAAAUAGAUAAAGAAAAUUCGAAAAACAGCAACGUUAUGAGUAAAGCUAAAACUAGACGUCAAAUGAAAAGUAAUCAGAUUGCAGUAACAACUCAAGAUGCUCAAGAUCAUAAUACACCACGGCGUGGCAAGGUAACACGUUCAGGUUCAUCCAGCAGCAAACUUGGAUUGACUAAAAAACGCAGCGGUGAAGCACAUAGCCAAGAUAAUGCCCGAAAUGAUGAUGAAUUUGAAGAAUUGCAAGGCGGACCAGAUGUAUCACCACCGAAGCAGGCACGUUGGAAACAAAAUUUUCAAUUGAUAAGUCCUUCAAGAUUAAUAGAUCGAUUAAGUAUAGACGACCACAAAGAUGCUAAUACUGAUACUGAUGAAGAAGACGUACACACUCGUUCAGGAGAAGAAAAAGUUGAGAAACAAGUAACCCCCACGCGUAACAAAUACCAAAAUGCGCGUCGUGUGCUAAAUAGUGCCGAAACUCAACAUUUGCCAGGACGAGAAAAGCAAUUGCAAGACUUAAGAACCUUUUUUGAAAAACAUUUAGAGGAAAAGCGAUCUGGUAGUUUGUAUGUAUCCGGGCAGCCAGGCACUGGCAAAACUGCAUGUCUCUCUUUGCUUUUAAGGUCACCUGAGCUAUCUAAACAACUGAAAUGCGUCUACAUCAAUUGCACGUCCAUUGCCAGCAUAAAUGGUGUUUACAAAAAGUUGUGUACUGAACUCAAGCUUCAUCCCUCCGGACGUAGUGAGCGUGAUUAUAUUGCAUGCAUGCAGCAUCACUUGCGUACGUCACGCCGUAUGCUGCUCAUUGUAUUAGAUGAAAUCGAUCAGCUUUGUAGUGCUAAACAGUCAGUUUUAUAUACCAUUUUUGAGUGGCCUUCACUACCAAAAGCGCAACUGCUGCUGGUGGGCAUAGCUAAUAGUCUAGAUCUCACAGAGCGCACAUUAAUGCGACUAAAUGCACGAUGCGAACUAAAGCCACAGCACAUGCAUUUUCCACCGUACACUAAGCAGGAGAUUGUAGAAAUAUUUCGUGCGAGACUUGAAGAAGCGGGAGUGCUUGAUGUCUUCCCUCCAGUUACGCUCCAGCUCUUGGCAGCUAAAGUUAGUGCAGUGAGUGGUGAUGUACGCCGCGCACUGGAUAUUGGCAGGAGAGUAGCUGAAAUAGCGGAACAACAGAUGAAAUUAGGGCAGCGUCAGGUGAAUCUGAAAGCUAAAGAAGUCAUCCUAAAACCAGUGCAAGUGUCUCAAGUGGCAGAGGUGUUAAACAAAGUAUAUGGUGUUUCACAAAACCUUCAAGAAGACAUAGAAGACUCAUUUCCACUGCAACAGAAAAUUGUGCUAUGUUCUCUGAUGCUAAUGCUUCGUAAAGAACGCAACAAAGACAUAACCAUUGGACGCCUACACGAGGUAUAUAGACGAGUGUGUACUAAGCGCAAUAUUCACGCAUUGGACCAAGCUGAAUUUGCAGGAUUGGUCGACUUAGUUGAAACACGUGGCAUACUGCGCAUCAUUCGCAAAAAGGAACCACGUCUGUACAAAGUGGUGCUGCAGUGGGACGAAGAAGAAGUGAAUGGCGCACUAAGAGACAAACAACUGAUUGCUUCUAUAUUGGACGACACUGCCUGCCUUGGAAAAUGUUAACGUGGGCUGACUUCACAAGUGCAUUAUAAAGCUUAAAUUCGACAUCUACAUAUUUAUCAAAGUCAUAUUUACAAGUAAAAUCAUUCAACAUACAAACCAAUAGAAAUAUUUUUAAAAAGUGUUAAUAAAUGAAUCGCAUACCUGACAAAACAACCAUAAUUAAAUGUAAUCUGUACAUUCUGUACGUUAAAAAUUGAAUGUAACCACUUCAAAUCGUUUUAAUGUCAGUCAGUUCUACAUUACCGAAACGACCAGGGUAUAUAUCCCACUGUCAACUUCAUAUCCAUAAAUUGAUGGGGAAUGUCUUAUGAUAUCACUGUCAUUAUUAAAAUAAUAGUGACAAAACAAAUUAAUCGGAAAUCCUUUAGAGUGUACAAAGUAACUAAUUAAUAAAUCUAAUUUGGCACUAAACUGGUAUAUUUUAUACAAAUAAAUGAACUCUACGAACACAUUCUA